GACCGCCGGGCGGGCAUGCCGCGCUCCGCUAAGGGCUGGCCGGCUCUCCGCUGCGCCCCGAGCCCCGCUCCCCGCGGGCGAUGCGCACGCCGGAGCUCGGAGGCGGGGGGAGAAGGGGAGGGAAAAAAAAAAAAAAAAAAAAUCAGAUUAGGAGCCGGAGCGGCCGCGCAGGGCGGCAGCACGGGCCGGGCGGUGCCGGAGGUGCCCGCGGCGCUGCCCUCCGCGCCGGCGGAGCGGUGGCCGCUCCCGCGGUGCGUGUGUGCGUUUGUUUAUGUUUCACUCCAUGCGGAUGCAAAAGUAGCUCCAGCGGGAACCGCGCUGUAUCCAGUCGGGAGAACACCCCCCCACGCCCCCGGCGCCUCCGAGCUCGCUCCUCGCCGCUACCGCAGAUACCUUGCCUUUUGUGGGGGGGUGGUCCUUUGCGCCCUCCGUCGGCAGGAGGGCAGGGAGAGGGGUCCUUUGGGUUACGCCGAAGACUUUUUCUUUCUUCAAAACGCCCUAAAGGGAGCCGAAGUCUUAGCAUACAUCCAACUGUACACUAGCGCAAACCUGUCACUUUGCGGUGCCCCCAAGCCACACGCAAGCAACACCCCAAAAUCUCACAGCCGACGGAGCAGGGGGCAGGAUAAGGCCACCCUGGGGGCUGGUCCGUUUAAAAAAAAAAUAGUAAUAAAUCCUCCUUCUUGCAGGGAAAAAGGAAACAAAACGGGAACAAAUCAAAUCGCCAGUCUUCCAACAGGUCCAGUAGCUUUAAGCCCUCCCUAGGGCUGCCAAAGAGAAUGGGUUUUGUUCCAGCAUCAACACCACAUUCAUAACCUCCUUGCUCCUGCUGCUGCCAUCUUGACAGUUUUUUCCCCCUUCACUUAAGUCAUUUAAAAAGCGCAGGCAGACGAGGCAGGGAAAGCCACAUCGGGAGGGGCGGGAGGCGGCGGGGGGGUGCUGGAUCGACAGCCACCUCCACAACCGGCAGCAAUCGAGAUCCGAAUUCACGGGAGGAAGAAGCAGCGCUGCUGCAUGGUUCCUGCUGCUCCUGCGCCUUCAGCUCCAGAGAGCCUUCCCUUUAAAGGCGAAGGAUGGGAAAACGGCAGAGCGCCCGCUCCCCCUGCGAGCAGCCAGCGAGAGGCAAGCGAUCCGCCCGCGCCCAGCCCGUCCGCCGCCGCAGCCCGCCCGAGCAGCCUGUCACCCUGCUCGCCGCCGACUUCCACAUCCCUCCUCCUAACAACCACCGGCAGCAACACAAAGUUAUAGACACACGCAGGGGGACUCAACCAAACCGCACGGCUAGGCACGGCCCGC